AUGUUUGACGCAAGCGGCUCCCUGCAGUUCGAACCUUUCAAGUACUGUCCUGCAGCCACCAGUAUCAUUGCUGUGCUUGGAGAAGGCUCAGUCACUAGAAAUGCUCAAGUAACAGGCCUGACCUGGUGGUCGGUGAUUCCAAGGCUGCUCCCCGCCCCACAAGCCUUGCUCGAACAUGAAAGAAAAUAUCGCCUACCUACUGCUGUUGGAGUCGUUGCGGGCGCAUAUUCUGGUACUAUCAAGAAGGAAAUCAACUUUUUUGCUCAGUUGCUACACCCCCGGACACUGGCGAAUUAUGAGGUCGAGCUUGUUCAAGUCACUCGGCGCAAGCAAGAGGCUCGCUCAUUUGGUCCAAGGGAAUAUGGCCCACUGUUCUUCGUGUCCCUACUGGGCUUCGCGAUGGCUAUAGCUCUGAUAGUUCUGUCCGUGUAUUACCAAGAUGGCUUUUCCUUGUUGGCCACUAUAAUGCUUGCGACCGUCAGUUCGUUUGCGGGAUUCGGAACCCAUUGGGAUCUAGUUUUCCAGGAGCCCAAGAUUGCUGCUUCGCGCGACAAGACGUUACCCCGGAGUGAUGUAUUGAUAUACUACCCAAACGGAGCCAUUCGAGUUAUUCGAGCAGAGUCUGAACCCAUCGCUCGCUUGUACUUUCAAGCAGAGUACGCGGAAUACAUCAUUGAUGAUACCCCUUAUCGAACACUCGCUUUGCUGUCGACGAUCCUGCUGAUGGGAGGAGUGGUGUCACUGGCCAACUCCAAGAAUAUUCUCCAAGUCGCCUUUGUGGCAACAUACUUCACACUCAAUGCUGUCUACUGGGCGGUAUCUGCCUUGAAUCCCUUCACGGCACAUUGGCGCCAUGCCUUUCAAGUUGAUGUUCUUCCCGUCAAGCGGCCGACGGAAACGGCCCUUGGGGAUACUACGCCUUUGACCAAGACAGCCGAAUUGAAAAGAACAGUCAAACAGCAGUGGCAUCGCUUUCAGAACGCCUGGUCACUUUCCAAGAGACAGGCUCGCGCUGAGAAAAAUGUCAAAAAGGAGGCCAGAAAUUUCACGGCAGCAUUGUGGACGGCCAUCGCGUUAACGGGGACCACUCAAUGGUUGAAUGAGGCGACAGCCAUUGCACCCAUGAAUGAUGUAUGGAGAACAUGGCUUGCACAGGCUGAAGAGCAUAUUUCGUCCUAUGAUAAGUGGGAGGGACGUUUUAAGCUCCACCGAAGACCGCGCAUUGCAACGGGGAUAGACUGGACAUUUACAGCGGCGACCUCGAAGCACAAAGAAGAGGCUUUGCAACGACGGCAGAUCGUGAUCGGAUCGUGGGACUAUCAAGGAGCGCUCACCACCAUCCUUGCAAAAUAUGCAGCGCAAACCCGUAAGCCUAUCCCGGAUGAGGCCGAGGAUGAAGAUGAGCCAUCAUCCCUCUCGGAAAAGACCUCCGCGGUACCGAGGCCUGUUCUGGAGGUGUGA